UGCCUGCCAUUUUUCUAUUACCUAUUAUCUCAAGAAAAAUUAUUUAAUUUCAGUGAUUUAAACUAAAAAUUUAUCCAUUUACGUAUCAAAAUAGAAAAUUGUUACGAAACAUUUAUUGAAUAAAAUUAAAAGUUACUUUUUGUACAAACAUAAAUUAUCUAAACAUGUUAUUAAUUGAUCUUCCUGAUGUUGUACUCGAAACGAUUUUGUCUAAUUUAUCUUACGAUGAAAUUGCUAAAAAUCGCCUUGUUUGUAAGCAUUUUGAUCGUACAUGCCAAAAGUUACUCAAUCGUGGAUUCAGUUUGAUGGAAAAAUAUCAUGCACAAUGCUUACGAACAGUCAAAAGUCAAUUACCUCGCAGAGAAUCAGAACGUAGGAGUCAUCCUCUAGCUAGACAUUGUGACGUAUUGACAGCUAUUGAAACUCGUAUUUCCAUGUUAUCUAUGACAUUUAUAAAAUAUGUCAACUUACAUCUUUGUUGUUUUAUACCUGGAAAGGUAAUUGAUGAAAUUUUUCGCGUUUUGCGUUUAAUAAGAGACUCAAAAACUCCACCUCGAGCUCACGAAAUACUCCAAGAACUUCGGGAUAUUAGCAGUAUGGCAAUGGAACACUUUGAUGAAAAAAUUUUACCAGCACUCAAACACAGUAUUGGAUCAUCAGCAGCUGCAGCAGGAGUCAGUGGUGUUGGAACAUUUGAAUUACCCGGUGGUAGUUUUAUGAUUUCGCAUCAUCACCACAGUGGAGGUCCUUCAUCGACUUCUUUUCAGACUGUCUCUUCAGAUAAAUUAAAUCAAACGUUUAAGAAAAUUUAUAAUAGAACUAAAAAGAAUAAGUUAUCAUUUUUAUCAGUAAAAAGUAGAUUAAGUAAAUUACGUUUACGUAUGAAACGACAAGGCUGCCAAAUGCGUCUUCAAAGUGUAAAAUUACAAGAACAGUCGAAAAAAAUACAUGAACAAGAUUUACAAAUUGCUGAAAUGCGUAGACAUUUAGAAGAAUGGGAACAAAAAAUGGGAGAUUUGACAGCUGAAUUAAGUCGUGCACGGGAAGAAUCUCAAAAACCUGAACCAAUUGACGGUCAAAUUAAACGAAAACAUAUCAUUAAUCAAGUAGAUGAUAAUAUGAACAAAGAUUUACAAGCAAAAAAAAGGAAACUUAUCGUUGAGCGGAAAGUUUCUAGUGAUGCUAAAGAUAUUAAAUUUAAAAAAUACGUUAAUAACCUUUUGAGUAAUAAUAAUUCCACAGAUAGUUAAUUCGAAUAAAUUUUUUUCUAAUAAAAAUUGUAAUCAUUAUUUCAAUGUUCAUUUUUAUAGAUAUUAUUGUAUUGUUAAAAAAAAGCAUUAAUGUAUUAAAAAUGCUCACAUUACAAACAAUUUAUCUUGUUUGAUAUUGGAUUCAGUCGUAUUCUCUUCAAAUCUACGUGUAAAGUCUUCAGCUUGUCUUCUGUCCAUCUAGUCUCACGUAAACACAUCUUAUUGCAAUUUAUAGGGACAGAGGUAAUUGUUCCAAAAUUUUUUUUAAACAUUGUUUUUUUAUGUAUCAAAUUAAUUUGUUUUUCAUCUAAACGAGAAUCAUUAAAAUUAUUUUUUUUCUUUUAUUAAUAAAUAAUUUCAUUACCUUA